CAGCUGUGGCGGAGGGGGCGGGUAUGAGCGAGGCGAGCGAGGUAUGGGGCUCACUGACCUCCAAAACCGACGACAUUCCUUCCCUCAACCUCACAGGUGAGUCGAUCACCAUCGGACGGUCGUCGGCAUGUACGGUGGUGCUGACGGACUUGCUGGUCUCUGGGCGGCAUUGUACGGUGGUGCGGGGGAGGACGGCCGGGUGAUGGUGGAGGAUUCUUCGUCAAAUGGUACCUUUGUCAAGCUCACCAAGAUCGGCAAGGGGAACAAGACCGAGCUGGAGGAUGGCGAGGCGCUGACGGUUGUGCCCAAGCAGAAAGGCCACGAGCUCAUCGAGUGGUCGUUCUCGGUCAUGUCGCUGGAAGAGCUGGCCGAGGCCAAUCGCGAGCCGACGCCUGCGGAGAACUUUGAGGCCUUCUUGGCGGGGCCGGAAGUGUGGCCAGCGCUGGAUGCGCUAGCCAAUGCGUGCUCGCGGCACGAGGCGGAAAAGGUGGCGCACGCGCUGGUGACCAUUUUUGACUCGCACGGUUUGUCGCUUGAUCUGCUCAAGUGGGCCAUCACGCGCGAGGUCUCGUCGACCGAGCGUGUCUCUGAGCUCUUUCGCGGCAUUUCCGUCGAAACCAAGAUUGUGUCCGACUAUGCCAAGCGGUGUGGCGAGGGCUACAUCACGGGCACGCUGCAGCCGACGGUACUGCAGCUGCUCUCGCAGGGCCUCUCGCUCGAGGUGGACGAGACCAAGCUCGCCAAGGGCGAGUCGAUCGAAGCAAACCUGCAGAUGCUCAACCUGUACUGCAACAUUGUGGUGCAGAUGAUUUUCGAGUCGCUCGACAACGUGCCUGCCUCGUUCCCGCAGCUCUUCCAGUUUAUGAAGGCCGCGGUGCUGGAGCGGUGGCCGGACGAGGAGCACAUUGCUGUUGGCGGCUUUGUCUUUCUUCGGUUCUUCUGCCCGGCGCUUGUCUCGCCGCACGUGUACGGCAUUGUGACGGCGCCGCUUGGGCCGCGCGAGCAGCGGUCGCUGAUGCUUGUGGCCAAGGUCUUGCAGAAUCUCGCCAACGGGCGGCAUUUUGGCAAGAAGGAGCCGUACAUGAUUCCGGUCAACCCGUUUAUCGACGAGAACCUUGACCGGGCGCAGGCGUUCUUCAACGCAAUUGCCACGCCAAAGGCCGAUCUUGCAGACGCCACCUCGGUUCCACCGCUCAUCGAGGUGACCAAGGGCGGUAAGCUGCGCGCCAUUCUUGCGUUGGCUCGGGCGUUUGACGCUGUUCGCGACCGCAUGCUGCCAACGGCUGACGACGACGAGGACGUGGGCGCGGCGAAUCUGCCGCCGUCAGUGGUCCGGAUUGCCGGGGUGACUCACGCCGUGGUCUACAACCUUGUCAACGAGCUGCUUGCGGCGCACGCGGCCGAGGCGAUUGUGGCCGAGACCGAGUUUGAGUCUGUCGAGUCGGGCGCGCGGGCGGUCAAACUCUCGGCCAUGCAGGAGCUUCUCUCGCGCGGGCUCGGGGCACGAACCGACGGGCCCAAGCCCGGUGGCUCACUGGUCAUGCCAUCGGCGCGGCCGCCCAAGCUCGGCGCGGCCGAGGCGGCGGCGGCGGCGCGCAAGCGGCGGGCCAAGAGCGAGAAGGAUCCCAAGCGCAAGAGCUCGCGCGGGCGGGUCUCAUCGGCGUCGUCAUCGCGCGAGGCAACGGGCGGAACCAGCUCUGGGCCGUCGAUGCCGGUCGAGCACGUCGUGGCCGCGGUGGACCUCAAUCUCAAGCCGGUCGACUUUGACUCGCUCUUUGCCCUCCUUCCGCCCGACGAUCCGGCGCUCAAGCUCAUCCAGGAGCAGUACCACCACCUCAUUCGCCAGAACCAGCAGCUGCAGGACCAGCUGCGGCGGAUCGGCAAGGAGAAGCGGCGAUGGCACCACGAGGCCAUUAAGCUCCGGCGGGUGGCCGGUCUCACCUCCCAGCCCGAGCCCAUGGACGCCAAGACCGAGUUUGAGACGGCUCCGUUCCAGCUGUUCAUGCUGUAGCUCUCCCAACAAUGAGCGGUGCCCCCCCC